UGAACAGUUGUUUUCUAAAAAUUUUUUUUAACCUUUUCAGGUUUUCUUAAAAUGUUUGUUUAAAUCUCAGCACUAGUUAGUGCUCUGCGUCUCUUUACUCGCAAGCGUUUUCUUUUUUUUUUUUUUUUACUGCAUUUUGUUUUCUUUCAUCCUACAAGAUAAUCUAUUGUUAGUUAGCACGCUAUGGUUAUUUAGCAUUAGCAGUUACUUAGCACGCUAUGUUUAUUUAGCAUUAGCAGUUAGCUGCUAAGACGAGGUACAGUAAUACUAAUAAUGAGGGUCUCAGUAGUGCUCUUGUGGGGUUAUAGUGGUUUCCUCGUCAUAAGUAGUUUCUCAUUGUUUAUUCACGGUAACAAUAAUAAUGAUGAUGAUGAAUGGCUGGAUCCAUUUGAUAUGCUGAAGUACGAUUCAACAUCAAAAAGGAUGAGGAAGUUUGCAGAGGCUUCCAGCUACAAUAAUGUACCGACUAAAAGAAGGGAAUACAGUGAAGAUUCACGUGAAGUGCCUCAGUGUCCAGACAUGAAGGAGUGCACUGACAAAGUCAACAUGCUGCAACGACAAAUUGAGGAGCACAGCAGGACGGUGACAUUUUCCUCACAACAGCCAACAUGUAAUCCUGUGUUCAAGCGUUUCCUCGCAAAGCUUCUAAAGGAAAUUAAUAAACUUGGCUUGCCUACUGCUGUGACUGCUGAAAUGCACUAUGAUGCUGAGGUAAAACUUUCCAGGCAAAUGGUGUCAGAAAUCCAGAAACUUUUGAAUGAUGACAAUGGCUGGAGAUCUGGUGCUCUAGAUGAUGCUCUUAGUAACAUACUUAUCAACUUUAAACUUCAUGACUAUGAGGCUUGGAAUUGGCGUUUUGAGGACACAUUUGGUGUGGAGCUCAACACUAUUAUCAAGGCCUCUGUUGUUGUCUUCAUCAUUGUGUGCAUAAUCUGCACUGAGAUGUGGUCAGCGGUUUCCUGGUUUGUCCAGUUUAAGAGAAUGUUUGCCAUAUGCUUCUUUAUCAGUCUGGUGUGGAACUGGUUCUACCUCUACAAGAUUUCCUUUGCUGAGCACCAGGCCAAAGUUAUAAAAAUGGAGAAUUUCAAUGGUAAAUGCACCGGAGUGAAGAAAAUUGACUGGAUGGAUAAUUUCAAAGAAUGGAUUCGGACCACAUGGACUCUUCAGGAUGAUCCCUGUAAGCAAUAUUAUGAAGUCCUGAUUGUGAAUCCAAUCCUGCUAGUGCCUCCAACAAAGGCCAUCACUAUAACCAUGACAACAUUUAUUACAGACCCCCUGAAACACUUUGGAAAAGGCAUUAGUGAGUUUCUCAGGGCUUUACUGCAAGACCUGCCUGUUACUCUCCAGAUACCUGUGCUUCUUCUAAUCGGGCUAUCGAUACUGGUAUUUAUAUACAGCAUUGGCCAAGCAGCAGUACACCAUGCUGUUCUUAGGCCUCUGCAAGGUAGCCGUCAGGAUCCCCUACCCAGCACUGCACAGCAGCCUGCUGCUCCUCCCUUGCAGGAGCCAGCGGAGCACAGAGAAGAAGAGAGGGUGUUGUUAACAAGAGGUGAUGCUAACUGCACUGCACAGAGCAGACACCAUGUAGGACAAGAGGUCAACAAUGUCAACCCGAGGGUUAACCAAGGGGACAACAGAUCUGAUAUUCGCCAGAGGAGACCCAACAAACAAAGGCAUGAGCAGCAGAGGGUAUAUGUAGAAACCCUUCGGAAUGCAGACAGCCUUUACAGUGGGGACAAAGCAGACACUAGGCAGGAAGCAGCAGAUGAGGACUGGGAUCAGCAUGUUGAGGAAGAACUUCGCAUGCUUAGUAAUGAGCAAAAGGAGGAAAAUGUGGUAUCUGUGUCCAGUGCAGAAAGAGAAACCUCUCAUGGUUCUAAAAUAGAAUGGAAAGAUAAAACGUCAGGAAAUACUGAGAGGGAUGAGGUAGGAGAGUCGGCAAGCAGAGAUGCAUCCAAAAAAGAAAACUGUGUUGAAAAUAUUGGUACUCCAGUUAAGGAUACUAUGCACCUUUAAAAAAAGAACCUUUAAGAAGCAUGAUUCAAACUCACAACCUUCCAAUAAGUGGGCCAACCUGCAUGUCCAUCCUGGUUUCUGAGCAUCACAAAAAAUCUCUCAAAUUAUAUAUAUAAAUUAUAUAUAUAUAUAUAUUAAAGGAACAUUUAAACCACAAAUUCGAUCUUAAUGAACAAAAUGUUUAAUUUAAAAAUCUAUACUGUAAUAGUCCUGUAAUAAAAAAUAGAUUACCCUAUGUGCACUGACAAUGUCUGGGCAUGUUCAAGCUCCUGGACAGUCUUGAACACUCUAAUACAUAACAGAGGUUCUCAAUUGUAUUCAGACCUGGGGAAUGUCAGGGCCAGUCACUGGUAUCAAUACCUUCAUCAUCCAGAAACUGCCUACACACUUUGGCCACAUGAGCCAUCUGGCAAGUCAUUGUCAUGCAAUAGGAGAAACCCAGGGUCCAGUGCAUCAGCAAGUUCUAACAAUGGCUCUGGGGAGUUCAUCCUGGUAGCUAACAGCAUUAAAGGUACUGUUGGCUAACACAUGGCGUGACCCCCCAAGGAUAUUCCUCCCAAGACAUUCACUGACCCACCGCAAAACCAGUCAUGCUAGAUGAUGUUGCAGGCUGCAUAACAGUUCUCCAUGGCAUUUCCAGACUUGUUCUUGUCUGUCAAAUUUCAGUGUGAACCUGCACUCAUAUGUAAAGAGAAUGGGGCAUCAGUGACGGACCUGUCUAUUCUGGUGUAUACAAGCUGCACAGAGCUUGGCUGUGAGCAAAGGUCGCGCAAGAGCUUUUUGGUCCCUCAUACCACCCUCAUGAAACAUCAAGAACAAACAGAGUGGAGUAUGAUGGAGGAAUGAGAAGAUUGCUAAGCUGAAAUAAUAAAUUUGCUGUUGUCUCUGCUGUUUUUCACCUUG